CGUCCCAGGGCGCUCGACGGAGCACGUAGGCGAGCUGCGAUCUACGUGCUGGAUCGCCCCAUUCGUCACCGUGACACGCGGUCUUGUUCGCAAGUCCCUUUUCUCUCUUUCUCUGUCUUGGGUUUGAGGUUUGCGCAGUGAUCGCGACGUCCACCCGUUAGACACAUCGCCGAAUAAACAACAAUCAGAACGGGAAAGGAUUACGGAGUCACGUUUGAUUUUCGUAUCUCGGUCGUUUUCUCCAUUAGAUUUUCUUCACGUUAACGUUUUCGUUUAGGGUAGUUUCACGACUUUGACGGCCGAGCGUAGUGUUGUGAAAGAGAAGCUGACAGAGUAAAUCUUGUCUUCGCGAUCAGUGUCCGAAAGUGCGAUCGUCAGUGAGAUCAUCGGAAUUAGAUCGUUCGUAUAUCGAUUUCGCGCCGUUUGCUCCCCUAUUUCCUGUCUUCAUCUACACACCUGUAGACACGGUUUUUCGCGUCUGAUUCGCGAGAGCAGUACGGCCACAUUUAUGGGGGUGUCCGGAGAGUGUGCGAUCAAGGGCAGCAAAAGCAGCCACCCCUGUCACUGCUGCGGCCACGUCGGUAGUUCCGGCGCGAGCGUGCAACAACCGCAGCCGCAGCCGCAGCAGCAGCAACAACAACAGCAAUCCUGCGAACCGUACUACCAUCACCACCAUCAGCAUCAUCAUCAUCACCAUCAUCAUCACCAUCACGGCAAGCACGCACCGCCAAGCGCGUCGCCGCAGCACAACAACAGCGGCGACAACAACAUCCUGGCACCGUUGCGCAGCAAGAUGAAAGUGCUCAAGAAGCUCAAGCGCAAGAUGGGUUUAGCUCCCAGAUCCUCGAACGCGGGUACCAACAAUUUGCCACCGUUGACGUUUCAUCACGUGCACGGUGACAACAUCAGGCUGUGCAAUGGCGGUACGAUCGCUCGAAGGCAUGAGAGCUUUUGCAAGGGUGUUACUUUUAGCGCCAGACCCGUGCGAGUAGGCGAGAAGGUCUGCGUGAAGUUCCUGGAGAUUUCCGACAAUUGGAGCGGCGUGAUUCGUUUCGGCUUUACCAGCAACGACCCGAUCAAUCUCCGAAGCGGUUUGCCAAGGUACGCGUGCCCAGAUUUGACGAAUAAGCCAGGUUAUUGGGCCAAAGCGCUCGCCGAGAGAUUUGCAGAGAGAGAUACAGUACUCUUCUAUUACGUUACGUCGGCUGGUGAUGUGCACUUUGGUGUCAAUGGCGAGGAGAAGGGUCUCUUCUUCAGCGGCGUCGAGACUCGGGGUCCGCUCUGGGCGAUCAUCGACGUCUAUGGUAACAGCACCGCGAUCGAAUUUGUCGAUCCGAAUCGCCAACACUUCAACAACAUACGUAGAGGUGCCGAGCACAGUAACGAGGACAAUGCGCAGCAUAGCAGGCACUCGGCCAUGGACGACGCCAGUAACGCCGGUCGGGAUGUCGAAAGAAUCAUCGUGCCGUCUAUGCAGAACAUGUCGAUUCAUCACGAACCUGACGUGGAACUACCCGGUCUUAGAUUUCAACCCCCUGGCGUCCUUUUCACGCCUCUGCCUUUCCACUCGACUCGGGGUAGGAACAUCCGCUUCAGCAACCAGCAGUGCGUGGCGACGCGCACGGACACGGAGUUCUGUCACGGCUACGCGUUCACGAGUCGGCCGUUGUUGUUGGGAGAGCGAUUGGUCGUGCAGAUUCUCUCUACGGAACCUAUGUAUGUUGGCGCUUUAGCCCUAGGCUUGACUUCGUGCGACCCGGCGCGGCUAACGGCAGAGGAUUUACCGGAUGAUAGCGACCUGCUGUUAGAUCGUCCUGAAUAUUGGGUGGUCUCCAAAGACGUGGCGUCGAGUCCGCAGCCGGGUGACGAAAUUGCCUUCACGGUCACGCAUUACGGCGAGGUGCAGAUGAGCAAGAAUGGUGGCGCGCCCAACGUUGUCAUGCACGUCGAUCAGAGCCUUCAAUUGUGGGCGUUCGUGGAUGCCUAUGGAAGCACUCAACGUGUCAGAAUGUUAGCCAGUAGACCGACCUCACCGCCCCGGCAACGUCCGAGCAAUCCUCAACUUUCGAAUCAUAGCAAUGCCGCCACGGAAUUGUCUAGAUUUUCCGAGAUGGUGCAGUUCAAACCGGCAGUGGGCGGCGGAACAGUACUCGUCGUGAAUCUACCGCCCCAAGCCGGUUACCCGACGCCACCACCACCCACGCCACAGCCGAUUUACGCUUCCGCGACACACAGGAAUUCAUCGACGCAACCGGUGCAUCUUUCGGCGGCAGCGACGGCGGCUGUGCCCGCGCCAGUCCCACAUCCUGGGUCCUCCAGGCAAUCCUCGCCACCGUUGACCGGAACAAUGGCCAGCACCGGCUCGUCGACGUAUGUCGACCCGGUGACCUACCAAAGCCUGGACGGCACCUUAACAUCGUCGCGCGCGACCUCGUCCCAUCUGCAUCAAUGGGGCGAGGGCCUGCAGCCGACGCUGAGCGAAUGCUCCAUCUGCUACGAGCGCAGCAUCGAUAGCGUGCUCUAUAUGUGUGGCCACAUGUGUAUGUGUUAUACCUGUGCGAUUCAACAAUGGCGUGGCAAGGGUGGCGGUCACUGCCCGCUUUGCCGGGCGCCAAUCCGCGACGUCAUCCGUAUUUAUCGUUCUUGAACAAUUCGGGAGUGACCGAAAGAGGGAGAGAGAAAGAGUGCGCGGACGUCUUCCUGGUUCUCAGCGCCGUUGUCGCCACCGCCACCGCGUCCAUCACCGUGCUUCCGUCGUCUUGGUUUCCUUCCGCGUCGAAUCCGUCGCGCUUCAUCGCCAUCGCGCUUCUCGCCCGCCGCCUCCAUGAUUACCGGAACAAACGAACACAAAAUCGAAGCGAAACUCGCCGCCUUCACACUGCCGUAUCCCUUUUUCUAUUGAAACGCGAGGCACGUUCCGGCAAGUAAAACAAGUAGAUAAACCAGGGAACGAGACUUUUCCCAUGGGAUCUUCUCGGGGACUGCGAAGCGCAAAGUUGCGCUGAAUCGAAUAUUUAACUCAGUUAAUUAAUAUUUAAGGCAGUUUGCGUCGUGUUAGCGUAAUCGCGUCGUUGUCAAUUAACACGUUAAUGGGUGGACCAUCGCAUCAUGCACAAAGAAAGCAGCGGUGCUUUAAAAAUCGCGAUCACUGCCACCAUUGUCGAUCGAGCGAGAACGCGUAGAUGAAUUGCCCCGGAUACGAACAACAGAAAGAGAGAAAGAGAGGGAGAGUGAGAGAGUGAGAGAGAGAAUGAGAGCGAUAAAAGGCUGUAAUGUUGGUUGAAUUUGCUUGUAUAUCGAUAUUCUGUCUGCUAAUUUGUAAAUGAGUGAAACGUGAAUGACUGCGAACUGUGUGAUUGUAUUAUCGACAAAAAGAGAUCGAUUCUAGAUAUUUUCACAUGCGAUAUAAUCGUCAUUAUACCAUUACCAGUUAUUACUACUGCUCUGAACUAUUGCUAUUCUACUACUACUAUUACUACUACUAUUUACUAC